CCGGCCCCGAGGUCCGCCCCGCUCCGCCCGCCCUCCUCAGGCACCUCCGAGGGCUGUGACGGCUGCGAGGGGCGGCGGUUUGGCUCCUAGCAACGCCAUGGCGGCGGGCGAGCGGCAGAGCCGCGAGUACCUGGAGCGGCACGGGCUGCCCGCGCUGCUGCACCGCCUCGCCGCGCUGCUGCUGUACCGCCGGCCCGAGCGGCCGCGGCAGUUCCUGCUCCGGGCGCUGGAAGCGGUGCGCGCGGCGCGGCGCGGCGAGGCGGCGAUGCCGUCCGUGCUGGACGAGGCGGACGUGGAGGCCGUGUUCAGGAUGCUGGACGCCGCGGGGCGCGGCUUCGUCACGGGCAGGCAGUGCCGAGCAGCUCUCAAGACGCUGGGGCUGAGAACCGCGGAGCUGCGCGUCGGGGAUGAGGAGGAGGUCGGGCUGGCCACGUUCAAGGAGGAAAUGCAGCAUCAGGCAACCCAGCAGGUCAUAGCAGCGUAGGAUGGCUUGGGAUGGAAGGGACCCCAAGGCUCGUGAGUUCCAACCCCCCGGCGCGGGCUGGGCCACCCGCCUCCAGCUCUGGUACCACAGCAGGCCGCCCAGCGCCCCGGGAGGCAAAUCGCUGCUAUGGAAACAAACAGCGCGCUCAAGCAAAGCUGACUUGUAACGCAGCACAGGCAGUAGCGCAGCAAUGAAGCGAGCUCCAGCUCGCACUCAUUGCUGCUGGUUACGGCAUGCUUCGAGGGACGCUGCUUGGUAACUUACAGCCACUGCAAGAAAACAAACCAGCUGUUCUCUUCU